GAUCUUCAGUCUGCCUUAAAGCUGUUUAACAAGCAAUGGCAGCAAGAACACUUUUCGGCGCAGAAAUUGCAAGCACAACUGGAAAGGCAAAGGAAACUCAGUGUCACAAAUGUGGCAAUGUGUUUAUGGCCGACUCGCUUUUCUGCAGACACUGUGGCUCCAAGCGUGAGGAGGUGCCAGUGCAGCAAAGUGCCCCGCAGAUCAGCUCUCCAAUCCACAUGCUCACCGAAGAGGAACAGGGGCAAAUCCUUGUCGAGCGCAAGAUUGAGGCAUUUCGACAGCUGGCAGCCAAUUUAGACGCUCAGGUCAUUGACCAGAUCGUUGACGAGCACAAUCGAAGGCUUGUUGGCUCCGCAGGUGUCGGAAACGGCGCAGCCUUAGAAGCCUGUCAACAGGAGCUUGCUCAAUGCAAGGAGCUGCUUGCCUUGAAAGAGCAAGAACUCGCAGAUUGCCGGGAGGAGCUGCAGAGGCUUCGAGAAUAUUCGACUGCCUUGGAAGAGAGGGAUCAAAAGCUAUCCGCAGCAGUGCACUCAUCUGCGCCAAUGCUAGAUCAGGUCCACAGAAAAGUCUCCUUUACCCCGUCGGCUGUGCAGCCAACGAUAGCUGCUAUAAACCCAGCGGCAUCUCGUUUCGCCCAGAUGGAUACAAAUCACGAUGGUCUUAUUUCACAGGAUGAAUUUGAAAGUCAUCGUGCGGCACGCAGCAACGUUUACAUGGCAGAUACGAACAGAGGGCACCCUACGGCAGCUUCAGUAGGCAGCUCAAGCCCUGGUGGAAGGUGUAUGGUGCAGCUGCCCAGUCAGGCGACCUACAAGGCUGCCUACCUACCAUCUCACCAGGCACCAGUGAUGCCGAUGCCUGUCCAGGAUUCACUCUUUCAGCGCAUUGAUUCCAAUCAUGAUGGAGUGAUCUCAGCGGAAGAAGCAAUCUCCCACUGUCCAAAUUGCGGCAACCUCUACAUGGCAGACUCCAUUUUUUGCCGCCACUGCGGCCGGCGCAGAGACUGAGAUGAGAAUGCUGACAUCGUACUUGAUUCGCAGACGCAUGGAAGGUUUCCCCACACAGAAUCAAAC